AUGGAGUCUUUGAGUGAAGAUGGGCUGUGCUUUCCACAGCUGAUCAACACGUCCUGCAGAAAGCCCCUGCAGACUCCCUCUACAAACAUUCUGCUUUACGUUGUGCUCUCCUGCAUCUGCUUACUGACUGUGACUUUCAACCUGCUGGUCAUCAUUUCCAUCUCACACUUCAGGCAGCUCCACACCACCACCAACAUGUUCCUCCUCUCUCUGGCUGUCUCAGACCUACUUAUUGGACUGCUGCUGAUGCCCAUUCGAAUCUUGCUAACUGGAGGCUGCUGGGUUUUGGGAAGCAUAAUAUGUGCAACUUUUAACUACACCUCUUAUAUUCUUACAUCUGCCUCAGUAGGAACUAUGGUGCUCAUAUCAGUUGACCGAUAUAUAGCAAUCUGUGAUCCUUUGUGUUACCAUACAAAAGUGACUCAGAAAAGAGUUCAAAUCUGUAUUUGUCUGUGUUGGGGGUGCUCUGUGUUUUACAACGGUGUGUUACUGAGUAACCAUUUAAAUGAUCCAGACAGAUAUAACUCCUGUUAUGGGGAAUGUGUGCUUUUAAUUGAUCUUUUAAAGGGAACUUUUGAUGUUAUAUUGACAUUUAUUGCUCCUAUUUCUGUAAUCAUCGUUCUGUACAUGAGAGUUUUUAUGGUUGCUUUGUCUCAGGCUCGGGCCAUGAGGUCUCAUAUUGCAGCUACAUCAGCUGCUAUAAAAGAUUCAGUUUGCAUAACUGCUAAAAAGUCUGAGAGAAAAGCAGCUAAAGCUUUAGGUGUUGUUAUAGUUGUGUUUAUAUUCACCUUCUGUCCUUAUUUCUAUCCGUCUUUUGCAGGACAGGAAAUGGGAAACAGUGAGUUUACUUUAAAAUUUGGGAUCUGGUUAUUUUAUUUCAACUCAUGUAUAAACCCACUCAUCUAUGCUUUUUUCUAUCCUUGGUUUAGGAAAUCUCUUAAAUUCAUUAUAACAUUAAAGAUAUUUCAGCUUGACUCUGGUGACAUGAACAUAUUGUAG